GUUCACAGACUAUCAUUUGGUCGCUGAGGGUUACGGUGGCAAAGGCCUGACCUUAAACGAAAAACAUUCUGCUGACAUUAGUAGCGUACUACGGAAGGCUCAGAUGCUGUCACGUGACGGUCAUGCGGUAUUGGUCAAUGCUCUGAUUGGUAAAACUGAUUUCCGAAAAGGAUCGAUCUCUGUUUGAAUUUGACGCGGAAAAGAUGGAAAAGGUAUUUGCACUGAAAUUUGCUAAUUAACUGAUCAACCCAGUCAUUCUAUUCUAAUAUCAGGGUUCGUACAAAACUUGAAAGGCCUGGAAUGUCCUUGAAUUUGUAAAGAAGUACUUGAAUGUCCUUGAAUUCUUCUUGCUUUAGUUUUUGGAUAUUUUCUAAAAUUGUUUGACAUUCAAGACGGACAUUUUGUUGAACUGAUUUUGCAUGUUCAUAUGUCACCUCAUUAUAAAGUUACGUUUUGAACAAUUCAACGUCAGAUUUUACUGAUUUCUAACGCCUUUUCUUCAGUAUUUAGUCCUUGAAUUUGCUGAUACAUGGCCUUGAAUGUCCUUGAAAAGUCCUUGAAUUUGACUCUUCCUGACAUGUACGAACCCUGUAAUAUUAAUUUGAAUGAUUUCUAUUUGCUAUUUAAUGUACUGAUUUAAUCAAUCACAUAGGUUUAAUAAGAUUUCAACGAGGAAUCGACUAUUUUUUCUAAAUUUUAUGAACAAAAGAAAACUAGAGCAUUACUUGCGCAAUAAGAAUAGUAGAAAUGAUUUAUGUAAAAACUAUAAAGCCCCAGGUCAGGGCUCGGAGUAGAGAAAAAAAUGGCCUGCCAUUUUUUGGCAGGUGAAAUAAAUUUUAGCCUGCCAUUUUUAUUCAUUGAACUGCCAAAAUGGCGAUGUCUCUCAUAUGAGUCAUAUUGUAAAAAUCAGUGUUUUCAUGAUAUGCAUUUUUAUUAUUUUUAAACUUGUCUAUUUUACUACAGUAAACUUGGAUUUACAUUUCAAAUCGAAACGUAUUUAGUCAACUAAAUGAUCUAGUAUAUAUAAGUUGUGGUGAGCAAAUGAAAUGAAAUAUAUCUGAGUAGAAUUUCACCUGCCAGAUUUUUUUUUUACUUGGCAGUUCAGAUUUGUUUUUGCCUGCCAUUUCUAAAAUCUGGCCUGCUUUUGGCCACUGGCAGCCCGCUAUUUCGAGCCCUGCCCAAGUCAAACGACGAUGAAAAAGUGUGACUAACCCCAAAUAUGAUUUCCGGUAUGGGUAAUAUUUGGGUCAUUCUGAGAAGAAAUAUAAUAUAUCUUUAUAAUAAAAAAACCUCAUCUUGAUCAACUUUUUCACCGUCCAAGUUUCCGGAUAUGAUGUCAUUGGGUGAAUUUUUGGCACAAAAAAACAAAGGAUAACUAAUUUGCAAUUCACCUAAUGACAUCAUAUCCGCAAACAUUGACAGUGAAAAAGUUGAUCAAGAUGGGAUUAUUAUAAAGAUAUAUUACAUUUCUUCUUGGAAAGACCCAAAUAUUACACAUACAAAAAAUCAUAUUUGGAGUUAGUCAAACUUUAAGAUCUGAGAAUCUGGCUAAGUUGACUAUGUCGACUAUAUUUCGAAUAUUUGUACUUCGUCAUAAAUAAAUGGACGCGCAUUUGAGUAGUUCGAAAAUUAGCUAAAUAAAUAUAAAAGAUUGCGAGAAAUACAAGAAAUAAAUAACGAAUUUUACGUGUGCAUUUCGAAUUCGAAAGGACGUGGUUUGCGCGCACGCACGGACACAGAAAUACGUGAUGCACGCAUCCCCUUCGCGUGCGCGCGCGCCAUCUCCCAGCAUCCAAUUAAAAAUGCGUAACAAUUUAUGCAUUUAGUGCGUCAUCAAAUUAGCCCUCAUUACAUCCAUACAAAACAUCACCAAGUUCAUUCGCUGCAAAUUUUCCGCCGGAGGAAUGUAUAAUAUUUUUACACCGUUCGUUCUAACGUUAACAUUUUUCAACAAUGGCGCGCGUUGGAUGGGAGAGACAUUUCUUCCUCUGUAUUUUUACAAUACCGAGAGGAUUUUUAUUCCGCCGCUGCAAAGUUCUGUGAGGUUCAGCGACGUUUGGCCCCUGGCUGAUAUGAUGACUUAUCCCGAGUUAGAUAUGGAUCAAGAGUUGAUUUAUUCCGCGCUUGAGUUUGCUCAGAAUGUCCCGGAUUUUAAAACUUGCUUUCCAGAGGUAAGGUAAUUCAUAGAUGUCUGUUUGUAGCUUGUUAGCGCAUCUCUGUGACCGAGGUCAGAACAGUUUAGAACUGAUAGAGCUAUCCAGUAUAAAUAAAGUUAGUUUAGUUUAGGUUUCCUCCUGUAGUAACACUGGAUCAAUAAGAGAUGAUCCUUACCAGACCUCUAGAGAGAACAGUUUAGAACUGAUAGAGCUAUCCAGUAUAAAUAAAGUUAGUUUAGUUUAGGUUCCUCUUGUAGUAACAUUGGAUCAACAAGAGAUGAUCCUUAAUGGACCUCUAGGGAGAACCGAUAGAACUAUCCAGUAUAAAUAAAGUUUCAUAUCUAUGUUUAAUUGUUGUUUAGAUUUGGAAUGAUAUCGUAGAUGUGUGUUCUCGUGACUCGACGUUCAUCAGUGAAUAUCAAUACACUGUGAUGGCGCUGCGUAUUUUCAACUGUUUACAUCAUAGAUCACUGGGGAUUGAGGAGAUUGAUUUUGAGUUUAUUGACCAGGUAACUAAACUAACUUUAUUUAUAUUGGAUAUAUCGAUCUAUCAGUUCUAAACUGUUCCCCCUAGAGGUCCAGUAAGGAUCAUCUCUUAUUGAUUCAGUGUUACUACAGGAGGAAACCUAAACUAAACUAACUUUAUCUAUACUGGAUAGCUCUAUCAGUUCUAAACUGUUCUUCCUAGAGAUCUAGUAAGGAUCAUCUCUUAUUGACCCAGUGUUACUACACGAGGAAACCUAAACUACACAAAAAUUAUUCAUUUUUUUAAUCUUCGCAUUUUUCUUUGCCAGGACUAUGUCGCGUAUUUAGCAGUGAUGACAGGUAAAGAGGGAGUUUUGUAUCAGAAGAUGUAUAAUGUUGCUCGUGGUUUGUGUCUGAAUGAAAAACAGGACAGAACAAUUAGAGAUGUCCGUCGUAGGGCUGAAAAUAUUGAGAAUAGCGUGGCGAGAUAUUUGAAUCGAGUCCGAAGAAUUAAGGUAUUGGAUGAGUCUAUAUUAACUUUAUUUUACUGGAUAGCUCCAUCAGUUCUAAACUGUUCUGAAUGUGCUUUUAGUCCAGCUUAUUGUUUUUGCCAUCAUCAUCACCACGAUCAUUAUCAUCACUAUCAUCAUCAUUAUCAUCAUCAUCAUCACCAUCAUUGAAUUUUUCUGUGUUGGUGAAAUGUACUCAGUUGAAUAUGAUGCUUGUAAUGUUACUCUGAGUGUAUAUCAUAGAUGUAUGUCCACACCGGGCAAGCUUGAAAAUAUAUACCUGGUUCGAUUCCCACCGUGGCCAGGCAUAUUUUUCAAGCUUGCCCGGUGUGGAUAUAAACUCAGAGUAACAUCACAAGCAUAAUGCUUUAACUGUUUAACAUGAAUUUCUUUACUUACAGACACACCUCGCUACAUCGACAAAAGUUAACACUAAAAAGACAAAUAUAAAACAGGGCGUUCACGGCACUUUUAUAAACGAAACUGGAAGGUCAUUGAAAGAAUUUAAACAAAAUUCUGCAGAGAAAUUCAAGAAGUAUAUAAGAGUGAUGAAAAAUGUUGUAUAUGAAAGCAAUUCUUGCAGCAAGAGCGUGGACACCAGCUUGGAUUUGGUUGCAAAGAAUUUUAGAAAAAUAGGUGAGUGAGAAGUUCUUUACAAUACAUGUUUGUUGGCAUGAACGUUAUUAAAUGGAUACCUGACGUGCUCUGAGCACCCAAUAAGUUCACAAUUUGACCUUGAUAAGAGCAAUCAUCUGCCCUAAUAUUUUACUCCUGAUAAGCAAAGUCGACUGGCGUUUGACAGAGUAGAAUAACAAGGUGGAGCGCAUUGUGGCUUACAAGAUACAUGGUACUCUGGUUAAAUUAAUAACGUUCAACACUUCCCCUCACUAGUAAUAUCGUCUGGCGUUAGGUGAAAUAACAAAGUAGGGCACUUUAUGGAAUGGUUAACGCAAGACAGAAGAAAAUGUUCUUUUAAACCAUGAAACCGCAGCAGUUUUACUUUCAUACGUAGAACCAUCUGGUGUUAGACAAAGUUAAAUAAGAAAGUAAAGCAUUAUCACCAUCACAACCAUCAUCACCAUUAUCGUCACCACCAUCAUCACCAUCAUCGUCACCAUCAUCAUCAUCAUCACGAUAAUCAUAAUCACAAUAAUCACCAUCAUCACCAUAAUCAUGAUCACAGUCAUAACCACCAUCAUCAUCAUCAUCACCAUAUCACCAAAAUAGCACACAUUCCAAGUCCAUACUCCAGUUAUCAACAACGAAUAUUUUUUCUUCAGGUCAUAUCUUACAAGGGGAGAAAAGACUUAAAAGAUCUUGGAUAAAUUUUGCGCAGGAAUACAGCAGAAAAACAACGGAAAUGGAACGCAAAGUUGCUUCAAUUGAAACGAAACUAGGUACGAUAUUGACGAAUUCUUCUCACUUUCUUUUCGUCUCUCUUCACUUGCGACACUAUAUUUUAUUUUUUUAGGAAAAAUUUUGAAACACAAGCUGAAAUGAGAAAGUAUUUCAGGAUCGAAACACG